UACUAUGCUCCAGGGCUCCUUUCACCAAUGCACAGAGCUGUGACUUUACCACAGCCAGAAAACAAAGCUGUUUCUUAACCCAGCAGCAUCCUGACUGAGUGUCCAGCAACCAGACAGUUGGAGUCCUGGGAUCUGGGGGCUGUGAUUGCAUUCCUGUCUGCGAGGUGGAUGCUCCUGGGCCAUGCCUAGGUGAACGCUGUGGGCGGGGUACCCAUCAGGGACAUCGGAACUCUUUGAGGGUGUAGGUUCCAGAAAUCCCAGGGCAGUGAGGCAUGUGAGCUGGGCUGGUAGCCACUCUCAACUGUGCUCUGUGCUGACUUUCCCCUAGCAGCCACAAUGGUAUCUGUACCUCAGCCCCUGAGAAUAACAGUGGGACCUGCCCUGCUGCAGUGGGAAGGGAUGGCAGCAACUGUCCCUGAGAGCUGCUACUCACUGUUAGCUAGCUGCUGGCUCUUUCUGCUCCCCACUCCCGCCAGGCGUAUGUAGGAGGACUGUACCCUAGUGCCGUGCUUUCUCCUGUGCAUCUGAUGUGAUUGGUGUGCUGUUGCUGCAAGGGGGUCACGCUCCACUUAAGCCUCCAGUAACUUGAUUUCCACUCUGAUUUCCUAGGACAACGUCAACUUGGAUAGACAAGGGGGGGCGACGAUGCACCAUGGCGGCGGCCCCCCGAGUGCCCAGCACCCGCUGCAGCGGGCCCGCUCCUUCCCUGGUGGCAGCGAGGCCGAGGAGCAGCAGCCCCACUCCAGUCUGCCCCAGUCCCCGGCCCCGGCCUUCGCCCCGUCCCCCAGCCCAUCUGCGCCCCAAUCGCCUGGGUACCAGAUCCAGCAGCUUAUAAGCAGGAGUCCAGUGGGCCCAGUGAGCGGGCAGACUGUGAACAUUGCCCUGCAGAAUGUGGGUCCUGUGGUGGGGGGCGGCCCACAGAUCACGCUGGCACCCCUGCCGCUGCCCAGCCCCACCUCACCCAGCUUCCAGUUCAGCGCGCAGCAGAGGCGUUUCGAACACGGCUCCCCAUCCUACAUCCAGGUCACCUCCCCGCUAUCCCAGCAGGUGCAAAGCCAGAGCCCCACCCAACCCAGCCCCGGGCCAGGCCAAGCCUUGCCGAAUGUGCGGGCCAGCACCUCAGGUCCUGGACUGGGCCUGUGCAGUGGUAGCCCCACCGGUGGCUUUGUUGAUGCCAGUGUGCUGGUGCGGCAGAUCAGCCUGAGCCCAUCCAGCGGGGGGCACUUUGUGUUUCAGGAGGGGGCUGGUCUCAGCCAGUUGACUCCAGGCCCACAGGUGCAGCUGCAGCACGGAGGUCCGCCUGUCACUGCGCGGGAACGCAGAUUGUCUCAGCCUCAUGCACAGUCAGGAGGCACCAUCCACCACCUGGGGCCCCAGAGCCCAGCGGCGGGUGGCAGCAGCAUGCAACCCCUGGGCAGCCCUGGGCACCUGGCCACGGCCAGCCUGCCACCCCAGCUCAGCAGCCUGAUCCAAGGGCAGCUGAUGCAGCAGCAGCAGGUGCUCCAGGGCCAGCAACUGAGCCGCCCACUGGGCUUCGAAAGGGCGCCUAGCGUGCUCCUGCCGAGUGGGGGCGGGUCCUCGGCUUUCAGCAUGACUUCCCCACCCCCGCCCACCAGCCCCUCCAGGACCUCGGGGCCACCAGGUCUGUCCAGCCUCCCGCUCACACUUGCAGUCGGCCCGGGAGUGAGGAAGGCACCCAAGAAGCUGGAGGAGAUCCCCCCGGCAUCUCCGGAGAUGGCUCAGCUGCGGAAGCAGUGCCUGGACUUCCACUACAAGGAGAUGGACAUGCUCAAAGAGACCUUCAAGGAGUACUUGAUGGAGCUGUUCUUCCUGCAGCACCUGCAGGGGAAUAUGAUGGACUUCCUGGCGUUUAAGAAGAAGCACUAUGCCCCACUGCAGGCGUACCUCAGACAGAACGAUCUGGACAUUGAAGAGGAGGAGGAAGAGGAGGAGGAGGAGGAAGAGGAGAAGUCAGAAGUCAUCAACGAUGAGCAAGCACUCACAGGGACCCUGGUGGCCACGGCAGGUAGCGCCAUUGAAGUGGACCCCUUCCAGAGGCAGCAGUCAUUGCCUCCGCCGGCAGAGCCUUCUAAGAGACCUCGACUUGAAGUGGGCCACCAGGGCAUUGUGUUCCAGCACCCAGGGGUGAGCACUGGUGUCCCCCUGCAGCAGUUGAUGCCCACAGCACAAGGAGGGAUGCCCCCGGCUCCGCAGGCCUCGAGGCUCCUGGGGCAGAAGCAGAGUCCUCAGCAGUACGACCCUUCCACGGGGCCACCCGUGCAGAACGCUGCCAGCCUGCACACCCCACCGCCGCAGCUCCCCACCAGGCUGCCCCCAAGCAGCACCCCCUCCACGGCCCCGCCUCCUGCGCUGCAGUUCUCACAGCCGCCUUCCAUGGUGGAGCCACAGCUGCAGCUGCAGUUGACGGUGAAGACUCAGCAGCCCCCCGCGCCUGGGCCCCCACCCAGCCAGUUCCCUGCACCCCUGCAGCAGUCCGUACAACCCGCGCUCCAUGUCCCCAUGCUGGGGAAGGCCCACAUGCCCGUGUCACAGCACCCAUCUCAGCCACAGACCGUGACUCUAACGAGGCCCCCUGUGGAUGCCGCCCAGGCUGGACAGCGGCCUCUGUCCACCUCCUCUUCUACCUCAUCCCUCACCGCUGUGGGCGGCCCGGGACCCCUACAUACACGAGCCUCACCGGUGAAUCGACCUUCCUCAGCAACCAGCAAGUCACUGUCUCCUGUCACCUCCCGGUCCCCAGGAACGGCUGCCCCCGUCCCGCCCAAGGCACAGAGCCCAGCUCAAAAUGCUGGCACCCCCCAGGACGCUUCUCAGGAGAAGCUGGCGGAACAGAUCAUUCUGGAGAACCAGGUACAGCAGCGUGUAGCAGAGCUGAGGAAGGAGGGCCUCUGGUCACCUCGGCGUCUGCCCAAGCUGCAGGAGGCCCCUCGGCCUCGGGCGCAUUGGGACUCCCUGCUGGAGGAGAUGCAGUGGAUGGCCACUGACUUCGCCCAGGAGCGGAGGUGGAAGGUGGCUGCUGCCAAAAAGCUGGUGAGGACGGUGGCUCGCCAUCAUGAGGAGAAGCAGCUGCGAGAGGAGAGGGGGAGGAAGGAGGAACAGAGCCGGCUGAGACGCAUCGCAGCCUCCACCGCUCGGGAGAUAGAGUACUUCUGGUCCAACAUUGAGCAGGUUGUGGAAAUAAAACUACAAGUAGAAUUAGAGGAAAAAAGGAAAAAAGCCUUAAAUUUACAGAGAAUUCCCAGGCGAGGAAGAGAACUGCGCUUCCCAGGACUGGACGUCCGAGCGGAACACUUCCUGGACACGGGACUGUCGGGAACAAAGAGGAGAGCCAGUAUGUCCUUAACAGAUGAUGAAGUGGAAGACGAGGAGGAGACGAUUGCGGAGGAGGAAGCAAACGAAGGGCUGGUGGACCACCAAGCAGAGCUGUCGCAUUUAGCCAAAGAAGCUGAAUUGCCACUACUUGACUUGAUGAAGUUAUACGAAGGUGCCUUUCUGCCAAACUCCCAGUGGCCUCAGCCCAGGCCUGACAGCGCGGAGACGAGCGACGAAGAAGGAGUGGAGGACGGCCCGAGUGACAGGCAGGCGCGGAAGGAGCUGGUCCUCAUCGACUCCCUGUUCAUCAUGGACCAGUUUCAGGCUGCAGAGAGGAUCAGCAUCUGCAAGCCAAACUCGAAAGACAUUGCCCAAGUGACCGCCAUGGCCGAGGCCAUCCUGCCCAAGGGCAGUGCCCGUGUUGUGACCGCGGUGAAGUUUAACACACCGCCCCUGCUCUAUGGGGUGCUCCGGGACUACCAGAAGAUCGGGCUGGACUGGCUAGCCAAGCUGUACCGGAAGAGGCUCAAUGGCAUCCUGGCCGACGAGGCGGGGCUUGGCAAGACUGUGCAGGUGAUCGCCUUCUUCGCCCACCUGGCCUGUAACGAAGGCAAUUGGGGGCCCCAUCUUGUUGUUGUGAGAAGUUGUAACAUCCUCAAGUGGGAGCUGGAGCUGAAGCGCUGGUGCCCCGGGCUGAAAACCCUGCUGUAUGUUGGCAGCCACAGAGAACUCAGAGCCAAGAGACAGGAGUGGGCGGAGCCCCACAGCUUCAACAUCUGCAUCACGUCCUACAAGCGGUUCUUCAAGGGCUACCACUCCUUCUCGAAGGUGCGCUGGAGGUGCCUAGUCAUUGAUGAGAUGCAGCAAGUGAAGAACAUGACUGACAGGCACUGGGGAGCCAUCUUCAACCUGCACAGCCAGCAGCGCCUGCUCCUCAUUGAUGCACCUCUGCACAACACCUUCCUGGAGCUAUGGACUGUGGUGCACUUCCUCAUCCCCGGCAUCUCCAGGCCCUACCUGAGCUUCCCACUGAAGCCUCCCAACGACGAGAACCAGGAUUACUACCACAAGGUGGUCAUCCGGCUGCAUCGGGUGACCCAGCCGUUCAUAUUGAGGAGAACUAAGAGAGAUGUGGAGAAGCAGCUGACCAAGAAGUACGAGCAUGUGCUCAAGUGCCGUCUUUCCAGCCGACAGAAGGCCCUGUACGAGGACGUCAUCCUCCAGCCCGGGACACAGGAGGCCCUCAAGAGUGGGCACUUUGUCAAUGUCCUGAACAUCCUGAUGAAGCUGCAGCGUAUCUGCAACCACCCAGAGCUCAUCGAGCCCCGCGUGCCCGGCUCCUCCUACGUAGCAGGCUCUCUGCACUACCACUCUGCCUCCCUAACUCUCAAGGCUUUGGAGAGAGACUUCUGGAAGGAAGCAGACCUUUCCAUAUUUGAUCUCAUCGGGCUAGAGGGUAAGACCACACGCCACGAGGCGGAGCUGCUGUCCAAGAAGAGGGUCACUCGGAAGCUCAUUGAGGAGAUCUUCACCUCGCCCCCACCGGCAGCCAGGCCCGUUGCGGUGAAGCUGAAGCCGAGCAGGUUGUUUCAGCCUGUGCAGUACGGCCAGAAGCCAGAGGGCCGUACCGUGGCCUUCCCCAGCACCCACCCGCCCCGGACAGUCACGCCCACUGCAGCCCCUGCCGUGCCUCAGGGCCAGGUCCGAGGACGGCCGCCCAUCGCCACCUUCUCUGCGAAUCCAGAUGCAAAAGUGGCGGCCGCACAGUCUCAGCCACCUCAGGCCUCCAGUGCUCCGAGACACCAGUCCACCACGACCUUCACCUCCGCACCUAGCGCAGCCCAUCCUGCCAGCCUGCGGGGCCCGACCUCGGCCCCUGGCCCGCCCCUGCCCCCGGCCCCCGCGCACACCGCCUCGCAGAGUGCACUGCCCCCGAGGCUGGUGCUGACCGCCCAGGCCCAGGCUCGGUUGCCGAGUGGGGAGGUGGUGAAAAUCGCCCAGCUGGCAUCCAUAGCAGGGACCCAGAACCGCGUGGCUCAGCCCGAGACGCCUGUGACGCUGCAGUUUCAGGGGAACAAGUUCACCUUGUCACACAACCAGCUCCGGCAGCUGACAGCCGGCCAGCCCCUGCAGCUGCAAGGCAGCGUGCUCCAGAUCGUGUCGGCGCCCGGGCAGCCCUACCUGCGCCCUCCGGGCCCCGUGGUGAUGCAGGCUGUGUCGCAGGCGGGGGCUGUGCAUGGCGCCCUCGGCACCCUUGGAGGAAAGCCCCCGGCAGGCACCCCGACUCCCACGCCCCUGGCCCCACAAGGCCGAGUGGCAGUGAACCCCAUGGGUGCAGGAGAGUCCAGCACGGCCCCCAAACCAGCCUCACCUCUCGGCACUCCGAACCAGGAGGAAAGGGCCAGACUCCUGAAGGAGCGGCUGGACCAGCUCUUCCUUGUCAAUGAGCGCCGCUGCUCCCAGGCACCCAUCUAUGGCAGAGACCUGCGGGGGGUGUGUGCCCUGGCCACACGGGGUUGUCCCGGCGACAGCAAGAGCACUACGGCAUUGGUGCUGAGCCAGUGGAGAGAGUCUCUGCAGGACCUCACAGACAGGGUGGCGUGUGUGAUUCCCCCUGUGGUUGCGGCACCACCCGCCCUGCGAGUGGCCAGGCCGCCCUCCAGGUACAGCCACAGGAUGAAGGUCUUUGAGCACAACCUGCGGGAGCGUGCCGCCCCCUACCUCCAGCAGCUGCAGCAGCUCACAGCCCUGCGCCUGCUGCAGUUCCCUGAGCUCCGGCUGGUGCAGCUUGACUCAGGGAAGUUAGAAGCACUGGCAAUCCUCCUGCAGAAGUUGAAGUCGGAAGGGCGCCGUGUGCUCAUCUUGUCUCAGAUGGUGCUCAUGCUGGACAUCUUGGAGAUGUUCCUGAACUUCCAUUACCUCACCUAUGUGAGAAUCGAUGAGAACGCCAACAGCGAACAGCGGCAGGAGCUUAUGCGCAGCUUCAAUAGGGACAGGCGCAUCUUUUGUGCCAUCCUCUCGACGCACAGCCGCUCCACAGGUGUGAACCUGGUGGAGGCAGACACUGUGGUCUUCUACGACAACGACCUCAACCCACUGAUGGAUGCCAAGGCGCAGGAGUGGUGCGACAGGAUCGGGCGCUGCAAGGACAUCCACAUAUACAGGCUUGUGAGCGGCAAUUCCAUCGAGGAGAAGCUAUUGAAGAACGGCACCAAGGACUUGAUCCGAGAGGUGGCAGCCCAGGGAAACGACUACUCCAUGGCUUUUCUGACGCAGCGCACCAUCCAGGAGCUGUUUGAGGUGUACUCACCCCUGGAGGACGCGGGCUUCCCUGUGAAGGCGGAGGAGUUCGUGGUUCUCUCCCAGGAGCCUGCCGCCAGCGAGACCAUCGCACCCAAAAUCGCAAGGCCGUUCAUCGAGGCCCUCAAAAGUAUUGAGUACUUGGAGCAGGAUGCUCAGAAUGCUCAGAAGUCCUACGAGGAGGCAGUGCUGGGGGUGAGGACCGACAUGGCCUCGGCAGACGGAGACCGCCCGAGACUCCCUGAGGAGCCGUCUCAGUUAGAGGAGCUCGCGGACUUCAUGGAGCAGCUAACACCCAUAGAGAAGUACGCGCUGAAUUACCUGGAGCUAUUUCAUACUUCGAUUGAGCAAGAAAGAGAGCGAACCAGUGAGGACUUGGCCUUGGCGUCCAUGCAGGAGUGGGAGGCCCAGAACAUGAAGGCUCUGCAGGAGUGGGCGGCACGGGCGUGGGAGGAGGGGCCGCAAGAGGAGCUGCUCACCUACACGCGGAUCGAUGCCUAUAGCAUGGAGUACAUCUAUGAAGAUGCGGACGGACAGACCGAAGUCAUGCCGCUGUGGACGCCGCCCACGCCCCCUCAGGAUGACAGUGACAUCUACACGGACUCUGUCCUGUGCCUCAUGUAUGAAGCCAUCCCCAUCCCCGAGUCCAAGCUGCCUCCUGUGUAUGUGCGGAAGGAGCGGAAACGACAUAAGACCGACCCCUCAGCUGCAGGCAGGAAGAAGAAGCAGCGGCACGGGGAGGCCGUGGUGCCACCUCGCUCCCUGUUCGACCGCGCUGUGCCAGGCCUGCUGAAGGUGCGCCGAGAGGGCAAGGAGCAGAAGAAGAACAUCCUGCUGAAGCAGCAGACGCAGUUCGCCAAGCCCCUGCCUACAUUUGCCAAACCCGCGGCCGAGUCAGGCCAGGACAGCCCCGAGUGGCUCAUCAGUGAGGACUGGGCUCUCCUGCAGGCUGUGAAGCAGCUGCUGGAGCUCCCCCUGAACCUCACGAUUGUGUCGCCUGCUCACACACCCAACUGGGACCUGGUCAGCGAUGUGGUGAACUCGUGCAGCCGCAUUUACCGCUCCUCCAAACAGUGCCGGAACCGCUAUGAGAAUGUCAUCAUCCCACGAGAGGAGGGCAAGAGUAAGAACAACCGCCCCCUGCGCACAAGCCAGAUGUACGCCCAGGACGAGAACGCCAGCCACACGCAGUUGUACUCCAGCCACUUUGACUUGAUGAAGAUGACCGCGGGCAAGAGGAGCCCCCCGAUAAAGCCACUGCUCGGCAUGAAUCCCUUCCAGAAGAACCCCAAGCACGCCUCCGUGCUGGCGGAAAGUGGGGUCAACUACGACAAGCCCCUGCCCCCGAUCCAGGUCGCAUCCCUUCGCGCGGAGCGAAUCGCCAAAGAGAAGAAGGCCCUGGCCGACCAGCAGAAGGCCCAGCAGCCAGCCGUGGCACAGCCUUCACAGCAGCCCCCGCCGCCGCCACAGCCACCACCCCCGCCAAUGCCCCAGCCUCAGCAGAUUGCCAGCCAGCAGACCACUGGGCCACCUGCACCAACCCCGGCCCCGGCCCCAGCCCCGGCCCAGCCCCCACCUCCACCCCCGCCGCCACAGCCACAGCCAAAAGCACAGCCAGCAAUCACCACGGGAGGCGGCACUGCCGUGUUGGCGGGCACCAUCAAAACGUCGGUCACAGGGACGAGCAUGGCCACUGGCACUGUGAGUGGAAACGUGAUCGUGAACACCAUCGCCGGCGUCCCAGCCACCACCUUCCAGUCCAUCAACAAGCGCCUCGCCUCCCCCGUGGGGCCUGGAGCUCUCCCUGCAUCUGGCGGCUCCACACCUGCUCAGGUGGUCCACACCCAGCCCCGAGCCGUGGGCUCCCCCGCCACAGCUUCCACUGACCUGGUAUCCAUGGCGACAACUCAGGGCGUACGGGCUGUCACAUCUGUCACCACCCCUGCAGUGGUCACUACCAAUCUGACACCCGUGCAGGCCCCAGCCCGCUCUCUGGUGACUCAGGUGUCUCAAGCCACAGGGGUGCAGCUCCCGGGAAAGACCAUCACGCCCGCCCACUUCCAGCUCCUCCGGCAGCAGCAGCAGCAGCAACAGCCAGCAGCCUCGCAGGUGCAGGUCCCGCAGGUGCAGGGCCAAGCCCCGUCUCCAGCCCAGAUCAAAACCGUUGGGAAGUUGACCCCGGAGCACCUGAUCAAGAUGCAGAAGCAGAAGCUGCAGCUGCCCCAGCAGGCACCCUCGCAGGCCCCACCAGGCCCCCCACCACCCACGCCCCCGGUUCAGGCACAGCCCCCACAGGCCCCACCACAACAGAGCACCCAGCUCACCACGGUCACAGCCCCUCGGCCCGGCGCGCUGCUCACGGGCACCACUGUGGCCAACCUCCAGGUGGCCCGGCUCACCCGCGUACCCACCUCGCAGAUGCAAGGGCAGACACCCCCAACAGCCCAGGUGGCCCUGGCGAAGCCCCCCGUGGUGUCAGUGCCGGCAGCUGUGGUCUCCUCGCCCGGGGUUACAACACUUCCCAUGAACGUGGCCGGGAUCAGCGUGGCUAUCGGGCAGCCGCAGAAAGCAGCAGGGCAGACUGUGGUGGCACAGCCCGUCCAUGUGCAGCAGCUGCUGAAGCUCAAGCAGCAGGCCGUGCAGCAGCAGAAGGCCAUCCAGCCGCAGGGGGCCCCCGGCCCCGCUGUGCAGCAGAAGAUAACUGCGCAGCAGAUGGCGGCACAGGGCCAGCAGCAAAAGGUGACCUACGCCACCCAGCCAGCCCUGAAGACUCAGUUCCUCACGACGCCCAUCUCCCAGGCCCCAAAGCUGGCGGGGACACAGCAGGUGCAGACCCAGAUACAAGUUGCAAAACUCCCCCAAGUGGUCCAGCAGCAAACAGCUGUGGCCAGCAUCCCACAGGUGGCCACAGCGUCCCAGCAGGCCUCUCCACAGACAGUUACGCUCACACAGGCGACUACAGCUGGCCAGCAGGUCCAGAUGAUCCCCACGGUGACCGCCACGGCCCAGGUGGUGCAACAAAAGCUCGUCCAGCAGCAAGUCGUGAGCCCAGCGUCCACCCAGCUUCAAAGCCCUGGGGUCCCCAACCCAGCCCACGGCCCGGCCAGCUCUGAGAGCCCGAGUCCACAGCCCAAACUACAGAUGCGAGUGCCCGCUGUCAGGUUGAAGACCCCCACCAAGCCUCCGUGCCAGUGAGUGGGCUGAAAGCAGAUGACCCAGAUGCCUCACCAUCCUGCACACAUGUCUGCCGCCUCUCGGAAACCGUCCCGCCAGUCCAAACCUCGGACAGUGUCACAUAAGGUGCCCCACACUGGGACAGCUGUCCUCGAGUCAGGGUGCGUGGUCCUUCUGUUACAGUGUACCCGCACUCAAGAACAAGCCCGUCCAGUGCCCCUGCUCUGUAUUGUGUGACUCACGGAAAAGGUGACAGUGGCAACUUCUAUGAAGCCUUCAGUUUUCAUUUCCUUCUCCAUCCGUGUGGUGUUUGCACGUGAUAUGGCCCUUUGGAGCGUGCAGUGCAUGGCUCUCCGCGGGUCUGAGAAGCACAUUCUCUUCCUGCCCAGAAGGUUUCAGCGCAGAGAAGGCUGUGUGCUUCUCUUCCUGCCCCGACAGAGGUGACGUGUGUUCGUUGUGACGGGGCGUGUCUGGGACUGAUGCCUGUCAGAGCACAGUCAUGAUAUACCCCCAGCUGUGCUUGCAUCUCAUUCCAGAGGAGCCAGUGUAGCCCACCCCACCUGUCAUGUGGUCACGCACAGGGACCUGCACUGAGAGCCACACGCACAUUUGUGCUGCUGCUGCUGCUGCUGCCCCUGCCCUGGCGUGGACUGUGCUGAUUUCCCUCCACGACCUUGGUGACAUGCAUAUCUUGACAAAUGUAAGACCCAUGAUAGCACCUGAGCGCCACCAUGCUGCCCUGUUACUCUGUUAGCUGAGUGGUGGACGUGGGUGGUGUCAGCUGAAGUGGGGGCGAGUUGUCCCAGACCCACCCCAAUUGCCCUAGCCUGGGCCUUGUCUGGAGAACCUGGAAGUGUUAACACAGAGAAGGGUCCAUGUCUACCCUUCUCGUAGACGUGGCAAAACAGCAUAAUGACAGAUAAGAACACUGGUCUCUUUGAGUCCAGCAGGCUGGCCCCCUCUGGGCCUCUGCUGUGCCUGGCAGGGUGGGGAGGUGUGCCCUGUUGGGGAGGGAGCCCAGGAUCUACUACGUUCUACUUGAUGACCGUAAGACCUCAGAUACAAGUUUAAGGAUGUUGAUUGACAAGUGGCGUCUUCUCAUCUUAAAAGUUUUUCACCAAAACCAGAAGUGAAGUAUGAGUGUCCACCUGCUGUGGACAGAUGUGGCUGUGGCAGCUGGUCUGGUCCAAGAAGUGGGGUGACAUGAGGUAGCUAGCUGUGCACUGAGUCUGUUCUGAAAACUUGUUUGUAUGUUGUUUGGAAAGGUGUGCCCUCCCUGUCUUGGCACUUGCAGGAACAUGAAGGCAGGCGUCAGUCCUGUUGCCGUCUCUCCCAUGUCAGUCCGCAGACAUCAGCCGAGCCACAGCAAUGAGGCCACAUUUGGGGGUGGGGGUGGGAUUAUUUAGUUCCUGAUGAGAAAUUAUAAAACUCUAGUGUUGAAAAAGGAAUUAACAGUUUAGAAGAUUGAAAAUACCAAAACCGAUUUAGUAGAGCCUCUUCCCUGACAGCAAACUCAAUCUUUGUGGCCAGUGUGAUGGGGCCGGCCGAGGACGCUCUGUGCGGGUGCCCACAGGGCCAGGACUGCCCACGGCUCUUCUUCACAGGCAGAGCUGAGUACACAGCCACCCCUCGCCCAGCUACUUCCACCCUCACCUGAUCCCUUGCUCUGUCCUGCACGUUGGUCAGUGGUCUCUCAUAUGACAACACUGCUUUAGAACGUGAAAGCCCCUGUGACCUGGGGCCCCAGGGAGAGACAAACGGCAGCUCCGCAGAGAACACGGCUGGGUUCUGAUCACCAGCAGGGGGAGAGCCCUGCCUUUUCUUGUUAGUGUGAGCAGAAAGACUGUCCUGCCUGCAAUGUGUUCCCCAGUGCAAAGUAAGCAACAGAAAUAUUUGUGCUUGACUUAGUAACGUUUAGAUGUUGACAGUGACCUGAGUAGGAUUCAAGAUAGUAAAAAAAAGUCUCCCUUCUGGCUCCCUCUGCAGGUUGGUUAAAUUUUCCACAUCUAAGACUGAUAGUAAGUGUAGGAGUUUAGGAAGUUCUUGUCCAGGCCCUCAGACCACUCUUGGUAGCUACAUUCUGCUUUACUUGCUAAUCAGGAUCCAUACUAAUACCACACAUAGUGAUUCAGAGGCAUAGAAUAUAAAACAAACAGCAGCCAGAAACCACUGCCAGGCUUAGCUCUCAUUGGCAUUGCUUGUUGGGAGAGCCAUUUGGGCAGUACAGGUGGGGACCCCACUCCUGUUCAGGUGUGGGCCUGGCAGGCAGAGGCCACCUUCUGCAGUCUUCAUUGUUGAUGUUACCUCCUGUAACCAGAACGCUGUUGAGUUUUAAAAUAUGAACGAAUGAGACAAAUUGUAAAUACUUUGUAAACAAGCAUUUGUACUUGGAUGGCAGGCCUUUAAAGGGCACGCGAAUCCUACCGUAAAGAGGUAAAUAAAUCGACCUUUUGUACA